UGGGUUACUUAAGUACAGUUAAGUGAAUAGGUGUUCCUGCUGAAUAUAAAAAGUGGCCCUUUGUCAUCUUGUCUAUCAGUCUCGGGCUUCAGUGUAAACCAUUGUUUCAUACUUGACAUUUCACUAUAAUUGUCUGAAAUGGUUUCAUUGCUUUUGAUAUGGGGAAUAGUGGUGAUUCUGUGCUUAAUGCUAUGGCUUGUUCUGGGAAUAAGGAGGAGACGUCCAAGUGAGCCACCCUUGGAGAAUGGGCUACUGCCUUAUCUUGGCUGUGCUUUGCAGUUUGGCGCUAAUCCUCUCAACUUCCUCAGGACAAGACAAAAAAAAUAUGGUCCCAUUUUUACUUGCAAAUUGGCUGGAAAAUAUGUUCAUUUUCUCACUGAUCCCUUUUCCUAUCAUGCAGUGAUGGGACAUGCAAGACACCUGGACUGGAAAAAGUUCCAUUUUGCAAUCUCUGCAAAGGCAUUUGGACAUGGUAGUAUUGACCCAAAUGAUGGAAACACCACUGAGAAUAUACACCAGACCUUCACCAGAAACCUGCAGGGUAACGCCUUAACCUUUCUCACUGAGUCUAUGAUGGAAAACCUGCACUAUGUCAUGGUAGAACCAAAUGCAUCGAGAACUGACUCCAGUGACUGGGUAACUGAUAAGCUUUAUGAAUUCUGCUGCCGUGUGAUGUUUGAAGCUGGGUUCCUAACACUGUUUGGUACAGACUUUAACCCAGUAGGCCAUGACAAGGGCCUUUCUGCCAACCAAGAAGCCCACAGAGCCUUUAUCCUCAGUGCCCUGGAGAACUUCAAGGCAUUUGACCAAGUCUUUCCAGCCCUUGUGGCAGGCCUACCAAUCCACCUGUUCAAAAGUGCCCACAGCGCACGAGAGAAGCUGGCUGAUGCUCUGUUCCACAAGACCCUUAAAAAAAGAGACAACAUCUCUGAGCUCAUUUCCCUCCGCAUGUUCUUCAAUGAUACUCUCUCCACUUUUGAUGAAAAGGAAAAAGCAAAGACCCACCUUGCAGUCCUGUGGGCUUCACAGUCUAACACAAUACCUGCGACCUUUUGGACUUCAUUCUAUCUUAUUAGGAAUCCAAAAGCAAUGGAAGCAGCUAUUAAAGAAGUGCAAAGGGUGUUAGAAAAUGCUGACAUAAAGAUUGACUCGACCAGGAAACCUAUUUCUUUGAAUCGAAAACAGCUGGAUGACAUGCCUAUAUUAGAUAGUGUUAUCAAGGAAGCAAUAAGGCUCUCCAGUGCAUCUAUGACAGUCAGAGUUGCUAAGGAAGAUUUCGUUUUGCAAUUAGGCAGCAACUCCUACAAUAUCCGCAAAGAUGACACCAUAGCUCUUUAUCCCCAGCUGUUGCAUUUUGAUCCAGAAAUCUACUCUGAUCCCCUGACAUACAAGUAUGACCGCUAUCUUGAGGAAAAUGGAAAGGAAAAGACCACUUUUUACCGCAAUGGUCGCAAAUUAAAAUAUUAUUAUAUGCCUUUUGGAAUAGGACUUGCAAAAUGUCCUGGAAGAUUAUUGGCUGUUCAUGAAAUUAAACAAUUUUUGACUUUAUUGCUAUCUUAUUUUGAAGUGGAGCUUCUUGACAAGAAUGUGACAAGCCCGUCUUUAGACCAAUCGCGGGUAGGACUUGGUGUUUUACAACCCGCAAGUGACAUUGAUUUCAAGUACAGAUUAAAAUGCCUAUGAAUGUGUGGAAGAAAAACGUUGUUUGUGUAUUUGGUCCCCACAGGGGUAAAAAUUUCAUGCAAUGAUGGCAAUGGAAUGCAUUAGGAGGAAUAAUGAGGGCUGGGAGAAACUAUGACUGUUGCUUAAUAUGGUUUGUACAGAAAAUGUUUACUUUUUUAUAGGCUCAAAAAUAACAAGAAAUACUAUACA